AUGGACCUUCAGAUGGUGAUGGGAGGGGUGCCCAGUGUCAUGCUUCGAAGCCCCCUCCUCCUUGCCACGUCUUCUCAUGAGACUUUCAGGAUCAAGCGAUUCCUGGCCAACAAGCAAAAUCAUCCCAUUCCCGGAUGGAUUCGAAUGAAAACUAGUAAUAAAAUCAGGUCCAACUCCAAGAGAAGACACUGGAGAGGAACCAAGCUGGGUCUCUAA